AGUAGUAAACGUACGUAUCGAUCCCCACACGAGAGCCUCUUGAUAAUAGUGAAGAAAGGUGCCAGUGAGUAGUAGACAGUAGUGGAAUGGUAGUAGAGCUCUACAAAAAGGCGAAAAGUUUGACAUACGAGCUUGCUUGAGAGAGUUCGGUUAAAAAUUGUUGUAAAGAAGAUCGUAACAGCAAAAAGGAAAAGGCGACACUUAAUCAGAAGGAAAUCAAAGAAAACAAAUAAUGCGAGACUUAUCAGUCAAUUUUCACAACUUUGUAAUUGAUCUUUACUUGCCUCUCUGUGUCUCUCACGACUCUUUCUCAUUUUUGUCUCUUAUUCUUUUCCCCUCUUUUAUUCCACCCUUUCGUCUCUUUUAUUCUCUCGUUCUGCCGCCACUUUGCUGCCGGUUCUGAGCCCAUUCUUUCUCCCUUUCGCGCUUCUCCUUUCAUUCCUUUAUCUUUCUUUCAUUUCUCAAACUCUCAUUCUCUCUCUCCCUUCCGCACUCUACAUUUGUACGCUCUCACACAUAUCCGUUCACACCAGUCUCAGAGAUCGUUUUUUGCUCGUUUGAAAACAACUAAUCCAAUUUCUCUUUCAUACAUCCCCGUUCUUCCUCUCUCCCUCUCUCUCUUUCUCUCUCUCUCUCUUACUCAUACUCGCCCGACUGCAAAGAGACAAAUGGCGAAUGUAACAUACGCAAAGGAACAUAAUAACUUCUCAAAAGACGAAUGCAACUUGCUAAACAAAGAUCGCUAGUACGGUCGUGUGUGUUUCGUGAGUUUGAAAGAAUUUGGAAGUAAUGUGAGAGAAGUCAGUCGAAUGCAAUAAAGUUGUUGUUGUUCAGCUACUCUACCAGGCAACUUUCAUUCACUAUUACAAUCGUUUUGUUCUGUACUUACUUAGUCGAUGGUUUGUCGGCAAUAUAAACCCAUCCGCGGUAAACACCGAGCGCUAUUACCAAAAAUCUCUUUUCCUCUCCGUUUCGUUUUCAUUUCUUUCUUUCUCUUUUCUCACUCUCCUUUUUCGUUCACCGUACUAUACUUGUUCUCUCCAUUUCCGUUUUUCUUUCCGGCGCCGACGGUGCAACGCCGAGAAAUCAGAGAUAUUCGCACACUUCUCACGUUCACCGAAUGUCCGACCUUCCUCUCUGUCUUUUCCCGCGUUCUCCCUUUUUUCCCGACUGACCGCCGCGAGGAACGAAAUUACGAAACGCAUCAAAAACUCAUUGAGUGACCAGCGUGAGCGAAUUUUCUCACACGAGCGGGGCGUGGAACUACCGAUUAUACAGUCGUCGGAGCAAGCCGGAAAUAUCAUUUUGCGCGCAACAACGAUGUUGUAAUAAUACACUGAGAGAAAAAGCGGUUGGAUCUACAAAACUGUCAGCCACGAUAGUUCAAAGAAAUCUCAGGUCCAUUGAACAAAUUACCACGGCGCAACAAUAUAUUGCAUUGAACAAAUCCGCAAUCGUUGUCGUCAACUGACUAACUUGUUACAGGAAUUAUAUAAUUUGUUCAGUGGACUGAACGUUGCGAAAAGUUGGAUUCAUUCGAGCGAGAUUUCAUCGAUCCAGCUAUACUUUUUCCUUAGUGUAUAUAUAUAUUGUAAAAAAGCUGACCAUUAUUAAAAAUAACAAAAGAAUAUAAUAAUUUUCUUCCCGGGACCACGAGUCUCGACGUUACUCGCAAAUUCAAGUACAAAAUAGGAAGUCCUUCGCGACUAUCAACGCAGGCAUCGAGCUUCUCCCUCAACGCCUCGCGAAUGUAUAAAGCAUAUAUACAGAAAAAAAAAAAACAUACAUAUACAUACAAUAACAGCAAUCAUUUAUCACUUAAACGCGCGAUUCAAGUCCUGCUUCGCGAUUUGGCAAACGGCUCACGCGCGAAAGGGUCUUCAGGCUCGGAUCCCUCUCAGCUUUAUUUUCUCCCUACGAGAGGCGAGUGCUUAAAACUUCGCGAUGAAGCUCGCUUAAUCCCGCGACGUGGGCAGCAUCUCGCGCGAUUCCCAAACCGCCGAGAGGAAUCACAAACGGGUGGCACGAGCGAGGGCGAAGGCUGCCUCGUCCAAAAUUCGCCGGUCGACUGGUGUAUAUCUCGCGUCCGAAAGGUAUCGCAUAAAUCAUUCAAACGCCUGAGCGCGCCUCGGAAUAUCGCCCGAGGCGGCCCGUGCGAUCGUAAAUAUCCGUCGUUUUUAUUGACCGUCUUAUGGAUGUUCCGGUUGCAACGGUACGAACGCGACGCGGAAAGAAGAUAAAUAAAAGAAAUAUAUAUGUACAUAUGUACACACACACACACACACAUACACACACGGAAAGAGACCGCGUCGCACGUUGUUAAAUCAUCAGCGGAACGAAGCGUCGCGCGCGCGUUGUGUAGAAGAAAAAAAAAAAAGAAAAAAAGAAGAGAAAAAGGACGAGCUGAAACGAAGAAGCGGACGAUUAAAUCAUGACGCAAAUAAGCACAGGUGACGAACACAAAACGUGAGGGGAAGCGGAGGAGAGAGCGACGGGAGGAGAGAGAGAGAAGGCGGUGGGAACGGACUGGCGACAAGCGGGCGAGUGACAAACGAAAUAAAAGAACACGUGUACGGGCACCCUGUUUAUCGGUGUGCGUGCAACAUAUCGUGGAAUUUUAUUUCACACAUAAAACUCUGAUAUCCCCUGCCGCUCGUCGGACCCGUUCGAGCGGUGCCGGGGGGAGAGCAGAGAGAGAGACGUACAAUUUCUCCUGCGUUACAUGCUUUUCCGCGCUUCGGCCCUCCUCGCAAGUGGAUGGAGCGUCGCUGUUUUCGCGUUCGUCCGUACGAACGAAGCUGCCCCAGCCACUCGCGAAACUUCCACGAGCGGAAUGCAGAUGCCGGCGUCGACAAAUAGGAUAACAACUCGAUGCCGGCUUGAUGUAUCGUCUUUUCAGCCGAUAUCGUUCGGUAUCCACGGACGUGUGUAUACAUAUGUGUAUACACAUAUGUGUGCACAUAUAUACGCAUCUGGGUACACGCCAAUAACAAUCAUACGGCGACGAACGCGAACUGCAGUCUUACCGCGAUCGCUCGAGAACGACUCAUGCGUUCCCCGCGCGACCUUUGUGCCGUAUUCGCGAGGAAACGAAAACUCAAACGAUGACAAUGAUGAGGGAAGGGGGAACACAAUACAACGUGAUCAACUCAAGACACACACACACACACACACACACAUAUAUAUAUAUAUAUAUAUAUAUGUAUCAGAUCAUCAACACAGAGCUCGGGAUGCAAAGCACAUUAAACGCGUCCUGGGGCGCGCGCUGCAGUGAGUUAUCGUGAAUGUCGACGCACGACGUUGCGCCUUCGAUUCGACUCGGCGAGCCGAUCGUCCUCGCCGUCGACGAACCUGCUCGGCAACGGCCUGCUCGAGAAACGAACUGGACGACGUACUUCGCGUACGACAUAUGCGACUCCUCGCUAAUUGUCGCUGUGGACCACAAUGGACUUAACAUCCUCAGCAGCGAUUGGCAUGUGCGCGAAAUAGCAGUUUCUACACUUGAUUUUCGCGAUGCACAGGACUCACGGAUUAAUUAGUAUGCUGCCAAUCGUCUGGAUAUUCGCCAUCUUAAACUUGUUAGUUAACGUUUCAGCACAGACGACCUGCAACGGCGGUUUGGGUCGGGUUGUUUACGAGAGACUGCCGGAUCAACAGCUACAGGGUUUCGACGACGAUGUGGUGCGAGACUCGGCGCCUCCAUUUAGAGUUCUGGAAAAGUGUCAAGAGCUUUGUCUGCGCGACAGAACGGCGACGAACAACCUCGUCCGCGCAUGUACGAGCUUUGACUUCCAGCCCGGUAGCAGAAUUGCGUCCUUCAGCGGCGCCGCCGAGUACGAGGAGAGUACUUGCUAUUUAACGAGGGAACAGGCGUUGCCGGAGGGCAUCGGGAAUCUCAUGCUCGUACCAAACAGCGUGCACUUCACUGAAGUGUGCCUGGCGUCUGACAGAAUAGAGAGGGAAUGUCCUAACCGUCGUUACGUGUUCGAGAGGCAUCCGAGGAAGAAGCUGAAACUACCCUUGACGGAUAUCAAGGAAGUCAGCGCAGCUAACAGAACCGACUGCGAGGACAGGUGCUUGAACGAGUUCACGUUCGUCUGCAGAUCGGCUACGUACGACACUGCCCUGAGAAGCUGUUCCCUCAGUCGUUUCACCAGGAGAACUCAUCCCGAGCUGCUGGAGGACGACCCGAAUUCCGACUAUCUGGAGAACACCUGUCUCAACGCGGAACGGCGAUGCGAUGGACUCGCGGUAUUCGUCAAAGAGGAGAACAAGCGUCUACGGGGCCCGUUCGAAGUGGAUAUUUACACGAAUCUCACGUUGGACGAGUGUCAGGCAUUAUGCCUGAGAGCGGAGAAGUAUUUCUGUCGCAGCGUCGAAUUCGACGAGCAAACUCGACAGUGCGUCAUAUCCGAGGAGGAUUCCGUCUCGCAGAAGGACGACAUCGGGGUCAGCAGCAGCCCCAGUCACCAUUUCUACGACCUCGUGUGUUUAGAUAAUCAUCCGUCCUUAGCGCGUGGCUCGGAAUAUCCGGACAGCAGUUCAACGUCCCACCUGUUCUCCGACGGACGUCGGCCGGACACGGCUUUCCAGCGUUAUCGGAAUUCGCGUCUGAGCGGUGAGUUCCACUCGGAGAUCACUGGACGCAGCCUUAGCGAAUGCCUGGACGAGUGCCUCCGACAGACUAGCUUCCAGUGCCGCAGUGCCGUCUAUUCCGAGCAUUAUCAUAUCUGCCGACUAAGCCGAUUCAAUCAGCGGGACGGGCACAGGAUCAUCUACGAUGCCGAUUACGAUUACUACGAGAAUCUCAUGCAUCAAUAUUUGGACGGCGAUCGCGACGGCCCUGGAUACAGACCAGAUCCUUUGGGACAGGACACAAACUUCGGACGACCCUCUCUAGGAAGACCGGGUUAUUCGGACGAUUACGAUAAAGGAUAUUCUGGCAGUCCAAAGCCAGAUCGAUAUCCUGAUCGUAUUCCGGAUCGUUAUCCAGAUCGUUAUCCAGAUCGUUAUCCAGAUCGUUACCCAGAUCGUUAUCCAGAUCGUUACCCAGAUCGUAUUCCGGAUCGUCAACCCGAUCGUUAUCCGGAUCGGUAUCCUGACCGUUAUCCUGAUCGGUAUCCCGAUCGUUAUCCUUCACCAGCUGAUAGAUUUCCGGAUAACAAAUACCCUGGACAAUAUCCUUUAGGUGAUUCGGACAAUUAUCCGGACCGGCAUCCUCUUGGCGAUCGAUAUCCUGAUAGAUAUCCUGGAGAUCGUUAUCCUGCUGGAGAUCGAUAUCCUAUGGGAGACCGUUAUCCUUCCUCAGAUCGUUAUCCAGAUCGUUAUCCGGUUUCAGACCGAUAUCCGGUAUCCGACCGAUAUCCUGUAAGAGGGGGAGACAGAUAUCCCGAUUCUGGAACUUUAGACAGAUAUCCUACGACUGGCAGAUAUCCCGUGAUACACGGUGUCCGAUACCCAUUAACACCGAGCCGGUAUCCCACCGACGUCAACGAUCGAUAUCCCAAUAUGAUCGACCGGUAUCCUUUCCCCGACGAUUCACUGGAUCGGUAUCCUUCGGGAUUAGGUGGUGGCAGGACUCCCGUUGACCGGUAUCCAGCUACUGAGAGAUAUCCCCCCGACAAGGAUCCUUACGCCAAUCGAAAAAACAGUAGGUACCCGCCAGCAGGGCACGGAGGAUACUCGCACGGGUUCAUCGAUGACGUUCGCGGUCCCCAAAGUCACGGUGCCGACCGGCCUCAUUACGGAGGACCUUACGGCCCAGCUCGACCUGUCGGGGGAUACGGAGGAUACGGUGGCGACGGGGGUAUCGUGGGUGGCGGGUAUAUAGGCGAAGGUGGUGUCUAUAAUUCUCGUCCGUUCGGAACCGCCGGAGGGCCCAUUAUAGGCAGACCGCCGUUGGUAUCCAGAUGCGAUGAACAAGACAAUUUCAGACAAGUCGGACCUCACAUCAGAGUACGGAAACCGUUCGUUAGACGAUACACCACCGCCUCCUCGUUGGCCCAAUGCGAGAGAGAAUGCGCGGACGCUAGAGACUUCGUCUGCAGAUCUUUCAAUUACCGGCCGUAUGCCGCACCUUACGGAGCCGAGAGGGACAACUGCGAGCUCAGCGACCGGGACUCUAGGGACAUGGACAUGGGCAACCCAGUUUAUUACGACACGGGCUCCGAUUACGACUUCUACGAGAGGAACAACGGUCGUCAAGGGGCGGAUGGGGAAUGUCUGGACGUGAGUCAAGUCUGUAGCGAGGACGGGAUGGAGUUCACUCUGAGGACACCGGAGGGAUUCAUCGGGCGAAUUUACACGUACGGAUACUACGAUCGAUGCUUCUUCCGCGGGAAUGGCGGGACCGUGAAUGUACUUCGCAUCAGCGGACCUCAGGGAUACCCGGAGUGCGGCACACAGCGAUACGGCGAUACGAUGACGAACAUCGUGGUGGUGCAAUUUUCGGACUACGUGCAAACUGGGCGGGACAAGCGAUUCAACCUGACGUGCCUAUUUCGAGGCCCUGGCGAAGCUGUCGUCACAUCCGGCUACAUCGGUGCCGGAUCAGGAUCUCCUAUCCCCAUCGAAUACCUCCCAGCGGAAAACACCCUGAGUUCCAGAGUACGUUUGCUGAUCCUUUAUCAGGGAAGACCCACGACCACCAUCGCGGUCGGCGAUCCCCUCACUUUCCGACUCGAGGCUCAGGAUGGGUACAAUUACGUAACGGAUAUUUUUGCCACCAAUGUCAUCGCGAGAGACCCCUACUCUGGUAGAAGCGUGCAACUUAUCGAUAGAUACGGCUGUCCGGUAGACAACUACGUGUUCCCUGGACUGGAUCGUCUCCGUGAUGGCGACAGUCUCGAAGCCCGUUUCAACGCCUUCAAAAUACCCGAAUCAAAUUUCCUGGUGUUCGAGGCGAACGUGCGAACGUGCCGCGACGGCUGCCAACCGGCAUAUUGCUCCGGAGGUACCGGCAGAAGCGAGCCUUCCUUCGGCAGGCGACGGAGGGACAUAAAUAACGACACGAUAGCGGAUGAGGACGAAAUGUCGCCGAUAACCGUGAUGGACGGUGACGCUAACAACGCGACGAUUUUGAACGCGACCGGCGUCGCGGACGAUGAGCCGGAGGACGAAGAAGAGGAAGAGCAUGUCAGAGAAAUGAUAGAGGUUCUCGACUCACGGAUGGAUAUCGAGGAAGAAAGCAUAGUUGAAAAGCAGACUAAAAUCCUAGAAAAUAUUUGUAUUACUCAAAACGAAUACUACGGGUUAGUCACAGCAGUCGGGAUUCUCGUCGUGCUCCUAGCCUCCGUCGUUCUUCUGUCUAUGCUUGUUUACAGAAAAUACGUUUAUUCCGUGAUUAUGAAAAAUCGUAGACUCGACAAAGCUUGCAACCGCAGCAGCCACUCCGACGAGCCCUACAGCAGUCGAGUCAACAAUUUCUCGUUCAUGAGGGCAGGUCUUCAGAAACCAUUUCAGGCCUCAUCGAUAUCGAGAUCAAUGAGCAACGCAAUCAGUCAACGUCUCUCUUCGUCGUCCAAUGCUCUAGAAGGUGCAGUGGGAUUAUCAGUCAGUCGGCGCAACGACUUCGACCCGAGCGAGCCGAUCUACACCGAUCCUUCACUCUUCGAGGUAACACGCUGCGCGAACACUUCGAAGCCGACCCUCAACGAUAACUUUCAUCUUAUGUAAGACGAAGACGCGACAUGAUCGAUCUUCAAAUUUGCAUUAUAGCGAACGAUCUGCAUUCUAUUUAUUUACUCUAACUGACGCGCAUAUGAAACCGACUAACGGAUCCACGACGAAUUAGCAUCCACUACUACAACAAUUUAUUUUACCACUACUAGUCAAUAAUCUAUUGCUAGUACUACUGCUAAUCAUAUUU